UGUAGUGAUGGCUACCACAUCACAGACCUCUUGCCCUGCACACAGCAAGAAUAAAGAUGAUUUGAAGAGAACAGCUGAGCUGAAGCACUCAGCUAGAUGUCAGCAAUGGAUGGACCCUGAGAUGAGAAGUGCACAUGGAACAAUAUGAAAACAGAAUAGAAUAAAACAUCACAAAAUCUUCUGCACAAAGCACAACUUGCAAACCAUGUGCAUGGCAUGGGACUUCUCUUUGUUAUCUGCAAAUAUGGACAUGAUGAUUGUGCCCCAAAUGGCUGAGAGACAGCAGUAGUGGCAGCUGAUUUGAUUUCAAGCAUAAACAUUGUUAAGGUCUGAAUCUCAACUGAAGAUGCAGAAACAAAAUUGCUGAGGCAUCAUUAAAAACAACCCUGUAAUGAUGAACCAGCCCAUGUUCUGGGUCACAACUGAAGUGCUGCAGAAAUCAUUCUUUUCUGAAUGCGAUUUCUUCACAGUAGAGGGUCCUGAUGACAUCACAUCCUCUCCUAUAAAUUACGCUGCCUCCAAAGUUCACUGAGAAACAUCGCCCACACUCCGCUGCACCGCCCCAAGGACGAUGGCCGGGUCUCCUGCACUGCUCCUCCUGCUCAGCCUGGGGCUCUGCUGCACCGGUGCCCAGGGACAGAGGAACAUGAUGGAGGCCAGGUUCCUCAACAGGACUAUGAAGCACCCCCAGGAGGGACAGCAGCUGGAGUUGGAGUGCCUGAAUUACGAGAGAAACAGACCCCUCUUCUGGAUCCGCCUGGACAAGAGUGGGAACCUUCACUUCAUUCUCUCCAGUACCCAUUCCUAUUCAACGACCUUGCAGGAGGGUGAGAAAACAGCUACAAAUUUUGAGGCACUAUGGAAAGGAAACUCCUAUCGGCUGGUGGUGAAAUCCUUCAGGGCACAGGACCAGGGGAUCUAUUUCUGCGUCAACUACAUCAACCCAGGGCUGCACUUCAGCUCUGGACAACCCGCCUUCUUCCCAGGUCAGCAACAGCUUCACCCACCUCGCUUACACCCACCACCCCUGCCCGUGCCUUCUCAAUCCGGCCCAGCGCCCACACUCCCCACAUCCCUGAUUCUUUGCCCAAGCCGUCUCAUCACACAGGCACUGCUCCUCCUCAUAGAGGCUCCCUGCCCACCUGUUCCGUUCGCGGUACCAGCCCUGCCCAAACAUACAGUCACAUCAACAGCAGCACCCACCACACACACAGCCACCACCCAGAGCAGCCAGGCCACCAUGAAGGACAACUCACAACAGGGCCCAGAUGCAGCAGAACACAUCACAUCCACAACUACCACCCAGUGGAGCCAGGUCACCAUGAAGGACAACUCGCAACAAGGCCCGCAUGCAGGAACAAGCAAUGACAACACACCAAGAUUCUACUGUACAAUGACCAUGUGGGUUAACCUGUCUUGCGCCUGCCUCCUGCUCCUCACUGCCAUAACCAUCACCACCACGCACUGCCAAAGACCAAGCUCAGCGUAAGCAAGCAGUGCUGCGUCGCUGCUCAGCAGAAGGCACGCAGGCGUCUUCCUCAAGCACCGCACGGAUCCCAGCAGCAACACACACAGCUGCCCUGAUGCAGUGCGGGCAUUUGGCUGCUCCUCCUGUGCUGCCCACCAGCACUGCACACCUCCCGCGCCCUGACCUGUGCUCCUGCCCCACACUGCUGGCACACACCCAGACCGCGGGGACACUGCUGACCCUAAGAAGCCGGGCAGCUCCGUGCCGCUGGGGAAAAGGCACCGCUGUGCUGGACAGCUGAGCCUUCCAUGAGAUGACCAAUAAACCAAUCAUACCAGUACUCAGCUCUGAUGCCCCAACCCCUCUCUAUUUUGUAAUAUUUUUCCCAUUAAAUGGUUGUAACUCUUGUCUCUUUCUCUGAGUUGUUCAGUUUCACUAUUUCCAGGACGGCAGGGAGUCUGAACAUGCCACCACCUUCCCCACUGGUGUUUCAAAAGAAGAAAAGAUCCGAUUGGAAGGGCCACUCCAAACUGUGCUGAAAUAACUUGAUGCUUGACCAGGGUCCAUGAUAGGAUUUCUCUACUCCCUUUUUCACCUCAAAUCUCCUUAUCAGGCAUUGAGAAAAUUCAUUCUUAACUCACCUCCUGCUGGGCCACGUUCCUCAAUCUGUCAAUCUGUGUGUUGCCUGCAGGAUUUUGUCCCUUCCUUUUUGCAUGUCCCCUUGCUUAAUUCUUUGUCAUGAAUAAACUGAAUACAGAUCA